UCUGCUCAAUAUUGUUGCAAGGAAGACCAAGGCAGCAGCUUAGAACUGUCACAGAAGUGAGCAGAAUGAUUUGAGUAACAGUUAUCCUGACACAGAACAGAAGACGAAGACAUUACAGGAGGAAAAGAAGAUAUCUACCCAGCAGUCACAGGUGGUGACAUGAAUCUGACAGACACAAAUAACACUGACCAGAAUUUUUCCCUGGAACAGUAUAAUGGAGGCUAUUCACAAUAUGCAUAUAUACAUUUUACUAUAGCAGCUGCUGUGGCAUUAGGCCUCUGCCUCAUCGGCUUGGUGGGAAACAUUAUUGUAUUUUGGUAUCUUUGCUUCAAGCUCCAGCGGAACAGAUACACUAUUUAUAUCAUCAACCUGGCAGUGGCUGACUCCAUCUUUAUAUUACUCAGUGCUAUGCUGCUGAUGAUCAAUAUUAAUACAAUGAUUAACACAAAUCCUGAAUUUAAAGGGGAGGAGUUACUAUAUUUUUUAGUUGAAGUAUUUUAUGACAGCAUGCAGUAUUCCGGAAUGUUCCUCCUCACUGCCAUCAGCAUGGAAAGGUGCAUGUCUGUCCUGUUUCCUUUAUGGUACCAGUGCCAUCGCCCUCACAACCUGUCCACUAUUAUGUGUGCCUUCCUUUGGGUCAAUAGAUGUUUGGAAAGUCUCAUUGAGAACUUGGUAUGUCCACCUGAAGCUUUCAUGAGUCAGACGUCACAGUGUACAGCAGUGCAGAUUAUGACUUUUCUUAUAUCUGUAGGUAUCUGUCUCCCAAUCAUGGUCAUUUCAAGUUUCAUCUUACUCAUCAAAAUAAAGAGGACCUUUAGGGAGCAAUACCCACCCAAACUGUAUAUCAUCAUCAUCACUGCAGUUUUAUUCUUCAUCUUAUCCGUUAUCCCUCUCAACUGUUUAUGGUUUUUAUUGUACUUCCAGAUGCUACCAACAGAUGUUCAAACCAUCAGUUUAUUCUUUGCAAGUAUCUUUUGCACAGUGCUUAACUCUACCAUUAACCCCUUCAUUUACUUCAUUGUUGGAAGAAAAUGGAAGCAGUCAUCUAAUCAUUCUAUUCAUGAUGCUCUUCAAAUAGCAUUUGGGGUCCAAAAAUGAUAAUUAAGUAAUGAAACAUAUUAAUAAAUCUAGCCAAAUAAUUAAUAAAACGAAACCAAACCUUACAAAAGCCUUGUUAGCAAUAAUUCCA